AAAGAGAAAAGAAGUUUUUUUUUUAUUUUCCAGUGAUUUUGGAAUCUUUGAAUCUUCAUAAUCAGUAAGACUAAGAGUAGAAUACCAAUGGACUAUUAAUGAUUUUUUAGAGACUAAUAUAAUAGAAAUAAUACGUAAGGAGAAAAAUCAAGAAAAGAAGAUUUUUUUUUUUGUUUAAGAAGAAAUUUAAUUGUGCCAAAGUCAAGCAAACCGUUGAAACAUGAAAGCGUGGAGGAAUUUAGUAGCCACCGUAACGUGGAAAUAUGUUUCAAUUUUAACUAAAACAACUGACGUCAGAAUUCGAGCUUUCGACGUCAGGGUGGUCACUUCCUUCCCUACAUCAGUUUGUGUCUCUCCCCUAUAUAUAUAUACACUUCUCUAUUUUCCCCACCAAAAAGCACUUCACCUCUCAAAGACUCCUACUUGCCCAUUUCCCAUUUUCCCUCCCGAUAAUUCACAAUUUUUAAGUUGGUAUGGAGAGUAAAAGUGACGCUUCCGCCGCCACCACUCCAAUCAUCUCUUCUUCUUCUUCUCCUCCACCACCUUUUUCACCGAGGGUGGUACUCAGCCCAUGCGCUGCUUGCAAAAUCUUGCGGCGGCGUUGCGCAGAGAGAUGCGUUUUGGCACCGUACUUCCCUCCAACGGAUCCAGCCAAAUUCACUAUCGCCCACCGCGUUUUUGGAGCCAGCAACAUCAUUAAGUUCUUGCAGGAACUUCCAGAAUCACAAAGAACUGAUGCGGUCAACAGCAUGGUCUAUGAAGCCGAAGCUCGAAUUAGAGAUCCAGUGUAUGGAUGUGCAGGUGCUAUAUACCAUCUACAACGACAAGUGAGUGAGCUCCAAGCACAACUUGCAAAAUCUCAAGUGGAAAUUGUGAAUAUGCAAUUUCAAAGAUCAAAUCUACUAGAGUUACUGUAUAAAAUGGACCAACAGAACCAAGAACAAGAUAAUAUAUUGUCCUUUGAGAGCAAUGAUUUGGGAUUCCUUGAAGACAACUCCAACACCAACUCAUCAAUGUUGUGGUGGGAUCCUCUUUGGACAUGUUGAUCAUUGCUAAGAUUUUGACUACUUCACUUUAAAGCCCUCUCUAGUACCCUCACUCAGGGUUAGUUAGCACACAAAAAUGUAAUAUACGGUGAAUUUUCAGAUGAUUCAUAUGUCCAAAACUAUACUUUAACGCGUCAUUGUAAUGAAUAAAAAGAAAAGUAAAGGAGGCUUUUUGAAAUUGUUUUUUUUUGACCGGCUUUUUCAAUGUUUUUUUUUUGGUGGGGUUUUUAGACACAAAUCGCCAACUACACCGGAUUAAACCGGUUCUAAACCACCGCAGAGUUUUAGAAAAAAAUAAUACUAAACGACGUCGUGUGACGACGACUGAACCUCUGCUCCAAAUCUUCCCAUCUCUUUGGGAACCUUCGGGUUCAAUCUCUUUCUCUGCUGAUUUUUCUCUCCGAUUGUCCCUCUUCUCUCCUCCAAAUAUCUCCUUUCUUGAGAUCAUAGCGAGCUUAUCACGACGGAGAUCCGAUUGGGUAUAUUGCUCGAAGACCUCGAUGCUUUAGUUAUCUCGGUUAAUGAGGAGGAGGCUAUGAGAGAGAGAACGAUCGAAGGAGACCUCAGGGCCGCCGCGGAAAUGAUAAAAUCGAUGCACUUGGAAGACUCUUGACUCGAAUCUUGAGAGACAUAUGGCUACUGAGCUGAGCUUGACUAUGCGCGGUGGUGGUUUUAUUAAUGUUGAAGAUUUACUUAAGAUGCAUUUGAAAACGUCCGCAAAUAUCCAAUUGAAGUCACAUACGGUUGAUGAAAUCAGAGAGGCUGUGAGAAGGGACAAUAAACAACGUUUUAGCCUCAUAGAUGAGAAUAGAGAGCUCUUGACGCAAACCAAGGCCACUCGAUCACGACGGUUGAGUCAGAGAAGUUACUUAAACCAAUCCUGUCACCAGAAGAAGCUCCGGUGUGUGUGCAUGGAACUUAUAAGAAGAAUUUGGAAUCCAUCUUAUCAUCGGGCUUAAAGCGCAUGAAUAGACUGCAUAUUCACUUCUCUUGUGGCUUGCCAACAGAUGGUGAAGUGGUUAGUGGUAAGAUUUUGAUCCUAUUGUUGUUCCUGCAAUAUUGCAUAUGCACAUUAAUCUUGUUCCAAAUUUACAUGAUUUGCUUAAGGCAUGAGAAGGAACGUCAAUUUUUUGAUCUUCCUCAGACAACAAGAAAGCUCUUGAAGGUAUGACUUUACUAAAUUCACUUCAGUAUGAGACCUUAAUUCCGUGUCUUAAAGCUAGUGCUAUGCCCUCCAAAGAUUCAACAUUUUAGUAGUACUUUUGAUCCA